AAGUUCUUUCCUUGCUCCGCAACAAUCCUUCCCUUCCCGUCCCGUUCUGGCCCGUCCGUCCUGAUCCCUCGGCCGCAAUCCUCCGUCCCUUCCCUCGACAAUUGCUUCUCCUUCCGUUGUCAGACGGAGAGACGGACAGAGACACAGACGACGCUCCUCCCUCUUUGUCCUCUGGCCUCGUUCGCUGCGCUUCUCUUCUCUUCGCUUCUCGUAUCGUCUCGUCUCUCGUCUCGGCCCUCUCUUGACGACGGGUCGGGGUCGAAGCGGAUCCAAUCUUUUUUGAAAUCGCCGACCUUCGAGCGCAGAUUGAAGCGAGGGUGAGCUGCAAAGCGCCCCUCUAUGUAUGUACUGUAUUUUUUGGGGGAAUGCGGUGAGAUUUUCCGGCCAGUUUUGAUGAAGGCGCGGACGUGAGUGCACACCCGAGGCAGGACAGCUUUCUUCGGGUAAAUAUCGACUGUGAUGCCGGAGAAGGUUGUCGAGGAGACUGAAGAAGACUGCGAUUUUGCUACGGAGGGAGGAGGAGGAGGUGGAGGAGGAAGAGCAGGUUUUCGGGGCCUUGGUGGCUUUUGUGGAGGAAGGCUGCCGGGUGGAGCAGGUCUGCGUGGUGGUGGCGGAUUUCGCCGGAUCGAUCUGUAGUCUGGAUUUGGUUCCUUCGAGUUUUAGGCGGGACUUUGAAGUUUUUUUCGGGAGGCUUGAUAGUGUGUGUAUAAUUGUUGUCUAGGUCUUUUUAUUUUUAAUUUCCUGAGAGGCGGGAAGGUGGUGCUGCCUUCCGGAGGUGUGACAUUUCCGCACGGUGUGAUGUUAAAUCGCAACUUUUAGGCUUCCACAUUGAGAUCGUUUUGAAUCUUUAGCACGAGUCGGGUCCGAGCGAAGCAGUGCCCCACUUGCAUUACUGAUUGUGACAGCAGAGAUGGCAGCGACGGCUGCUCUGGGUUUGAACUGCGUUCCAUCGGAUCACCGAUGCACGGCGCAGGUCUUUGCUUCACAAGAAUGUGCUUCAGCGAAGUUUGUAUCUGGCUCCUUUUGGGAGACAUGUAAGCUGAGACCGGGAAGACUAGAGGCUCGAACAAGGAGUAUUUCAUGUAGAUUGGCCUACAACAAAGUUGGUGAGAGAGAUGAUCAUGGGAGUGACCCAAAAGAUCAGUCCGCAGGAAACAAGAGCAGGAAGCCGAAGUAUUCAAGAGCUGCCACCGUAGGAUCAGGCGCGGCAGUCGUGCAGGAACGAAGUGCCCCGCAUAAUGGAGCCAUCAUGGGCACUGCCUUAUUGACUAAGGAACUCACCGAAAAGAAACCUGCGUCGCUACCGGAUGGCGCGUUGGGCGGCCUCAUCGACAAGGGCCUCGUGUACAGGGAGAAGUUCAUCAUUCGAUGCUACGAAGUCGGGACGAAUAGGACAGCCUCUAUGGAAGCAAUGGCAAACCUUUUGCAGGAAUGCGCAUGUAAUCACGCACAGAGCGUCGGUUUUUCUACUGAUGGUUUCGCGACGACUCCAGCCAUGAGAAAACGGCAUCUCAUAUGGGUCACCACAAGGAUGCACAUAGAAAUUGAUGAGUAUCCAGUCUGGGGCCAGGUCGUUGAGAUUGACACUUGGUUUCAAGGAGAGGCAAAAAUAGCUACUCGGAGAGAUUGGUUAGUCAGACACGAAGAUGGUCGUGUUAUCGGGAGAGCCACCAGCGUGUGGGUGAUGAUGAAUACGGAAACCAGGCGUCUUUGUAGAAUACCCGAAGACGUGAGAGCAGAGUACAUGGACUUUGUUCCUCUGCCUCCGAGGUGGGCUAUUCCUGGAGAAGAUUCAGCCGCAGUCAGGAAAAUUGGAGCUUUGGAGGAGUACGAUUUUGUCAAAUCCCCUCUUCUGGCAAGGCGUAGCGACUUGGAUAUGAACCAGCACGUCAACAAUGUGACGUACAUGGGAUGGAUGUUGGAGAGUAUGCCAAGAGCGUUCGUGGAGACUCACGAAUUGAUGUGCAUAACGUUAGACUACAAACGGGAGUGCAAACACGAUGAUGUUGUGGAGUCUAUGACGAGCCCUGAGUCAGUAGAAAGGAACCCGUCUCAACCAGAUAUGAAAUCAUUGAACGGGAGUCUUGAAUCUGUCACGAAUGCGACCGCCAGACAAUCAGGUGACAUACCUCAGCCACGGCAUUUCACUCAUCUGUUAAGAUUAGUGGACAGUGGUAUCGAGAUCAACAGAGGGAGAACGGAAUGGAGAAGGAAAGUUUUGCGGGAUGAUAGCCACUGAUACAGGCGCAUGGCUUAGAACCCAGGUUGAGAUCUACUACAUGACUGAUUUUCUUCCGUGACCAGCACAACAGACUGAUCGAUUCAGAAUUUAUCCAUUCAUUCAGCUCAACUAGUAUAGUUAAGAAAACAUAUCAUUCGUUUCCCAGGAAGUAAGUUGUCCUUCAUGUAUACAUGUGUCAUUGUGGUCUAUUCUUGACUUGUAAAGCUGUCGCACUGCGGAAUCCAAUCCUCAUGGGCUUAGAACUUGGCAGAGGUUACCCGGAACAUUUACACUUACUUCGAGCAAUACACAGGAGCAGGUUCUCUCUCACUCUUUUAAGUUUAUUUGUGGUAUCUCUGGGAAGCGAAGUCGCGAUGCUGCAAAUAUUUGGCAGAGAAAGUCAGAUCAGAAAGCUGAACAUCCCGGCGGAACUGGAUAGAACGACAUAACCAUGGGAAUAUCAGCAGCUCCAACAGAUCUGAGGCGAUAGUCCAGCUCGAAUCCCAAUUGUAAAAACUGCAAAGUUUUGAUCAAGUUAAAUACGUGUAGUCUGUUUUAUCUUGAAUUCCGCCAUUUGAAAAUAUGAAUGAGACUUGAAAUUUCGCCCCGUU